UAUCGAAAAGUAGGGCAAGUCGCUAGCCAUCUUGGAAUAUUUCUGUUUCAUUCCAGCAGAAUCGUGGUCUGCUCAAAUACAAUAUAGUAAAAUGAGUAAUCAGGGUCUUACUCUCAAGGAACAAUAUGUGCACAAAGCGAAGCUUGCCGAACAAGCUGAAAGGUAUGAUGAUAUGGCUGAGGCUAUGAAAAAAUGUGUAAAUUACGUUUACUCUGAAUCUUCUGGAGCUCCUCUCGACAACGAGGAAAGAAACCUCUUGUCAGUUGCUUACAAAAAUGUCGUUGGUGCCCGACGAUCGGCCUGGAGGGUAGUUUCAAGCAUUGAGUCAAAAACAGAAGGAAGUGAGAAGAAGCUAGAAAUGGCUAAGAAGUAUCGGGAAACUAUUGAAGAAGAACUGAAAUCAAUAUGCAAUGACGUUUUGGAAUUGCUAUCUAAACACCUAAUCCAGAAGGCCCAGGAAGAUAGUGCCCACCAUGAUAGUCACGUUUUCUACCUCAAAAUGCAAGGGGACUACUAUCGCUACUUGUCAGAAGUUUCAGUAGGAGAAGAUAGAAAAGCUAAUGUUGCCAAAUCAAAUGAGGCCUAUAAAAAAGCCACAGAAAUAGCCAAAGAAAAGAUGCAGCCAACACAUCCCAUUAGACUAGGAUUGGCUCUUAACUUUUCUGUGUUUUAUUAUGAAAUAAUGAAUGAGCCUGAUGAAGCUUGCAAGCUGGCCAAAGCAGCAUUUGAUGACGCCAUUGCCCAAUUAGAUCAGUUGAACGAAGAAUCCUACAAAGACAGCACAUUAAUAAUGCAGCUGUUGAGGGACAACCUUACACUGUGGACAUCAGAUUCACAGGCAGAAGUGGAACAAGAGGCCGAAAACCCGUGAUAUGUAUGGCCUAAUAAUCUACACAUUCUUAAUUUUGAAAUUGAGCAGUUAAAAGAAGAAGAAAACACACCUUGUCAUCAUUUUUCUUCAUCUAAAGACCUUGGCCUCAUCCCUUAACCCCAUGUUCACUCAUCUCAGAAAUCUUAACCUUGUCCCUUUUGCAUCACUUGGGUUCAGUAGUUUUUUAGUCAUCAUCACUACACAGCAAGGCAUACAACUUUCACACAUCUAGGUAUUUUUAAUACUAUGAUUAUGAUUAUAUUCAACCACAUAAAUAGCUUCUCUUUUUUUUUCUUUUUUUUUUUUUUUUUUUUUUUUUGGCUAUAUUAAUUGUGGUAUUUGUCUCCACCUACACCCACCCUUUUCCAACAAAAGAGCGAAGUAGCUGUAUUUAAAUUAUUAUUGUAUUAUCCUGAAUUAGCAUUGAAUGUUAUUUUUUCCCCCAAAUUGUAACAGUAGAUAGUUUUAUUGCAAAUAAAAUAUGAUUAAAGCACUCCCGACACUGAAAUGAUUUUGUAUAACAGCUUUAGUUUCAAAAGGAACAUUUUUACAAACUAGCAUUUAUUGUGGUUAGAUAACCUGAAAGUGAUUACCUGAAACAUUUUAAACAUAGCGUUAAACAAGUAGUUUUUCAUCCAAUUAGUGUUACAGCUCAUAACCUCCCUUUGUUUGUAACAUACUUGUGUUAAUAUUGCUUUAGAAAUUUCUCAAUGAUUGUGUAUGUAUUGUUAAGGAUACCUUCAGCAAGCUAUUUUAAAUCUUGCUUCUUAUAAUUUUCCAAACCAAUAAACAUUUUAACAUCAUGCCAAAAAAAAAAAGUCAUUGUUUUACAGUUUACAAGAAUUGCAUACCAAUUAAAAAAAAAUUAACAUAAAGUUUUGUUGGUCCUUUUGGUUUUUAAUUUUUACAGAUCACUUCAGGAAAAGUUUUUCUUGGAUUUUUUUUUUUUUUUUUUUUUUUUUUGUGUUCUUUUAAAAUAAUGUAUUCUUUUUUUUCUUUUAUUUUUAAAAUAUUUAUUGUUUUGGUAUCUUAAGAUGUGUAGUUCAAUAAAUUGACAGAUCUUUAUUAUGUAUACAUAAAAAAAUAAUUUUCUAGGUUCAUCUUAUUCCACUUUUAUCAACCUGAUCUAUGUGUGUAUCAGCAUCUGAGUGCAAUCAGUGACAAGUAAACAAUAAACUGAAUAUCAGUUAUGCUCUUUGUUUGUUUAACGUGAAGGUUUUUUUUUUUUUUUUUAAUGCUGAAUCAUCUUUGCUUAUGUCAUUCAAUACAUUAAACCAAUAGCCACAUGCAUUAUGCUACUAGUACCUUAUAAUGAUAUCAUUAAUUGUUAAAUCUUUUACUCUAGCUGUCCAAAGUUAAGAAAUAACACAUCAUUUUUGUUUUUCUGUGAUCACUUUGAAUGGGCUGCAUGACUUGUAUUAUAAUGAAGCACUACCAUUUACCUUCUAAUUGUUUGGUAACUUUCUUUCAAUUCAAUACUUUAGAAUGUAGCAAUUCAGAUUGUUAGACUGCAGUACUGGCAGGUAUUUACCUAAACAUCACACUAGCACUAGGAAAGUCAGUUGUUGUGUCUGAAUGGUUCUGUGAAUGGUUUGAAUGUCUUGUAGAUGUCAGCUAAUAGAUGGUUUGUUUUCUUCACUUCUAAUAUGAUUAUUGUUCAUCAUCCACCCUUUUUUUAUUUUUAAUUUGAAGUCUGUUGUAGUCAUACUUUUGUUUAAAUUGUUUUCACGAUGCUGAAGUCUUUGCUGGUUAAAAUAAUCUAGAUAUUCUUUGUUGUGCAUUCAAUGUUAUUUUUUUUUCUCUUUUGUUUCCCCCUAAAUUAAAAACAAAAAGGACUGAAAUGUAUUUUCUGCUGUCCGCUAGUGAUUGAAUUUCCAUUCAAAGGCUGGUUAUUUAUUUAACAAAAAAAAGAGUCCUUCUGUUAGAGUUGUACAAUGUUAUAAUUCUAUUGACACUUUGUGAAGCUGAAGUCCGUGUUAUGUGACAAGAAUUUUUUUUUUUCACAUUUUUAUUAUAAUUAUUAUUAUUUUGCCUAUCUUUAAAAAAGAAAACAUUUUGUAUUCCUAAGUAACAAAAGCAUAAUAGUUUUUUUUUUUUCUUGUUUGACUGAUUGAAAUUUGGUUCAGUUAUUUUAAAACAGCUUUCGUAAUUUUGAUUUACCCGUUACGGUAUGCGGAAUAAAUAUGUAUAUUUUGUAUUCAAUACAGAGAUGGUUACCUCAUGCUGACCUGGUUUUCUACUUUGGUUAAAAGUUCUGCAUCAUUAAAAUACAUUUUAAAAAAAUAUAAGCAUUAUCAAAUAGUGAUAAAAGUUUGAUGUUGCAAUAGCUCUUAAAAUGUUAGCUCUAGUUAUGGGCUUUUCUAUUUGCGCAAUAAAAUUUUGAAGUGCUUAAAUUAUUGAGGCAAUUUUUUGUCCCAAAUUGACAUUUUAUUGCUUUGCCCAUUGUGAUAAACUUUGCGAGCUCAUUCUGUUUAUAGAUAAGUCAUAGCAGCGUUUACAUGUCUAAAGAAGAAAAACUACUCCACAGCUGUAUGACUGCAGAUAAUACUUGUAUGUGUACAUUUUCAGUUGAUUACUUAUUGACUCUUGUGUCACCUGAAUGAAUCAGCCUGUCAGCUGGAUUAGAUGUUCUAAUGAACAAAACCUUCUGGAAUCCUUAGAUAUUUUUUUAUUCUAGCCACGCUGGCCAACCAAGACUAAUCCGUCUCAACUAUUAAUAUCAUUCUACUAAUUUGCUUAAUUGUGUCUGUACCUUGUUAACUGAUUAUUAACAUAGGUGUCCAAUGUUUUCAUUUUUUUUCCCUUUGGUGUUGCUCAUUGUGGUUAAUUAUUACAAUUUGUUUGUUAGUACUGUACCUAUAUUAUUAUAAACCUGAACUGGUUCCAUUUUAUACAUUUUAAGUGGACUACUCAAUGUGAAUAAUAUAAGAGCUUAAUACAUUUUGUUUAGGCCACCAAGAGACAAGUACAAAAAAUAAACUGUGCGUGUGUACUAAAGCACAAAAAGACCAAAUGUA